CACAGCCAGUCACCCAACCUGGCCCUCGGCACAGCUUCUGCUUUGUACCUGCGCGAACAGGGAAAGGCAGAACAGGCAGCGCUCUGAACAAACCAGAAAAACAGCCCUCCUCCGCUCUGCUCGGGAAGGGAGCCCACGGCAGGGCACGGCGGCGCCACCGGCAGGAGCUGGGGGAAGCUCCCCAGCCCGGUGCCGCCCGCUGCCCGCCUCCCCCGCAUGCCCCCCGGGGUGGAGUGUGAGCCGCCAGGGAGGCCACUUUGGACUCUGCACCCUCGGCUGUGCGCGCGGGCUGCCCAGCCCUCCGCUGCCCGUCCAUGGCAGGCGCCAGGUCCCCAUCGCCAGCUGAAGAGCUGGAGUUUUCGGUGCUCAAGGGGCGGCCGGAGGAGCAGACGCCUCUCAAUGGAGCCGUCCAGCUCCUCCCUGCUCCGGCCGAGGAGCCCUGCCCAGCCCAGGCUAACAAGGAAAGUCCUUGGAGCCCCUGUAAUAAGAAGGUGAUCAGAAAGUGCAAACUAUGGAUGGUCAUCGCCUCUAUUUUCCUUGGUAUGAUUAUAGUGAUCAUCAUAAGCUUAUGUCUUAUUGGAGUAACAUAUGUCGAUGAAGAUGAAAAUGAAAUAGUUGAAUUAGCAUCAAAUAAAACAUUCUUGAUCAUGCUAAAGAUUCCAAAGGAGUGUAUUACUGAAGAGGAAUUGCCUCACCUGCUCACUAAAAGGCUCACAGAUGUGUACAGUUCCUCCCCGUCUCUGAGUCGUUAUUUCACCUCAGCGGAGAUCGUGGACUUCAGUGGUGAAAAUGCCACGGUUACCUACCACCUGCAGUUCGGAGUCCCACUGGCGGAUGAUGGUUUUAUGAAGUACAUGAUGAGUGGGGAGCUGGUGCGGGGCAUUUUGCUCCAGGACCUGCAUGACCAGAACAUAUCUGGGUGUGAGGCUCUGGGGCUUGAUCCAGCAUCCCUCUUGCUUUAUGAAUGAAGGGGUGGAGGUCGGUCGGUCUGAAAGCAGUGCCUCAUUGCAUUUUGGGAUGAAGAGCACUCAUUCUGUUCCACAGAAAAGAGCCUGUGAAUUCAUGUAGAAGGACUCGCAACAUCUAGCGGAAGUGGAGACGGUCCUUUUCCUCUGAUUCGGCAGUCACAGCAUCCACUGGGUCAGCCUGGACAGAGCCAGUGCAAGGGUGGCCUCUCCGGCAGGAUGCCACGAGCCUGGUCUGGUGGAGAGAGAACAGGGAGAGGCAGGCAGCUGGAUGAGGGAGAACUGAGCCGGGGCAUCAUGAAGACUCCUGACCGUCUGCUGUGGGUUUUACACACUGGCUUUUUAUCGUCCGCAGUGGCUAGCCUUCCUGCAGGACUUACCGUCUGCAGGCGUGGGUCGUGUCUGUUAUGGACGAUGGCUGGGAAACAGGAAGCAACACUGAAUAAACUGUUGGAAGUUUAAAGCCAGUUCAGAUGGGAGGUGAGGGUGGGAUAUUAGCGACGGUAUUGGUUUUCUAUGGACAUGGAAAUGCCUGUCAUGAGGAAACAGAGUAUUUCUAUUUUCUGGAAAAUUGCUUUGCUGAAAAUUUUCCAGGUCAGAGAGUUUUGUGGUCAUAUAAUGAGAGAACCUUAGCCCCAGUAUCUCAGUUAAACUGGCCCUGGACGGAGAGGGGCAGCUGUGUGUGGGGAUGUGUCCGAGUUUAUGUGACUCAGGCUAGAUUUGCCUUGAGCCCUUUAUGACCCACGACUCUGGAUAAUGAGAAUUUGCUUUCUUGUUCACUAGAAGAUACAUUUAUUGUAACCCAGUGUUUCAUUUUAAGGAUAGUUCCUCAAACUAGGGAGAGAGGUAAAUUUCCCUUCUUCCUCUUUAUUUUUUACAUGUCAAAUGUAAACCUUAGUGUGUUUGUACUUUUUAGAAAAUGAUAAAGAACUUUAAUGGAGAAGGAU